CCGAAUUGACCAUGUCGACAUCGCCCAAGUCCACCGACCUAGUCCUCCCUUCUCCUCGCCUCCUGAUCCUCCGGCGGAGGCGGCGGGGGGCGCCGUUCCACUGCCGUCCAUGAAGGCGAUGGGACAUACGACGAGGUCCGCGAUGCGACGCAGCGAGUGCGGUGGCGGAUCGGCAGCGGGAUGGCGGCGUUUGCGGCGGCGGCGGUCUCUCCUUGCUGCCCUCUUGACCUCCGCGGCGGCUGCGGUGUUCCUCGCCUUUUCCCGACCCUUCGGCACCUCCAUCGGGUUCGCCGACCCUUACGCCGUUCCCUCAUCCCGUCGAACGGCCGACCUCUCGCCUUCUCGUCCGCCUCCUUCGCGGGAGGCCUCGCAUGCGACGGGAUUUGUGUCGAAGCCGAAUUCCGCUGCUACUGUUGUUCUGUCUCCACUCGUGGCGCCUUCCCCAUCUCCAAAUGGGGACUUAGACGAUACAGAUUCUGAUUACAGUAGUCCUGAUUUAAAGGCGGCUCCCUUGUGGACGGAGGUGGCAGCAAAUUUCACUGAUACCGACGUUCCGCCUCUUUUUGUUGAGCCCCUUCCCUCUCCGCUUGGGAAUUAUGAUGCUACCCAAGUGCAAUAUGUUAGUCCGGAGCCAAAGAUGCUUCCUUUACAACCACUGGUGACUGUUCCUUUGACACUCACCGAUCAACAGCUCAUCUAUGCCAAGGGUGAGAUUGAUCAUGCCCCUUUUGUCUAUGAUGAUCCUGAACUUUAUGCUCCUCUGUUCCAGAAUGUUUCGGUCUUCAAGAGGAGUUAUGAACUUAUGGAGAGUAUACUUAAGGUUUACAUCUACAAGGAUGGAUCAAGACCCAUUUUCCACAGGCCAGAGCUCAAAGGAAUAUAUGCUUCCGAAGGAUGGUUUAUGAAAUUAAUGCAUGAAAACAAAAAUUUUGUUGUGAAGGAUCCAAACAAAGCCCAUUUAUUUUACCUGCCAUACAGUGCACGCAGGCUAGAGCAGGCUCUUUACGUGCUUAACUCACACAAUAUCCAGCCAUUAAUGAUAUUUUUGAGGAAUUAUGUUAACGAGAUUUCUGUCAAGUAUCCUUUCUGGAAUCGAACAAGAGGAGCAGAUCAUUUUCUAGUUGCUUGCCAUGACUGGGGGCCUUACACAACAAAAUGGCAUCAAGAAUUGCGCCAGAACACCAUCAAAGCUUUAUGCAAUGCAGAUGUUUCUGAAGGUGUAUUUAUCCGUGGAAAAGAUGUCUCUCUUCCAGAGACAAGUAUCAGAAAUCCCAGAAGGCCGCCGAGAGAUAUUGGAGGAAAGCCUGCUUCUCAAAGAACUAUUCUUGCGUUCUUUGCUGGGCAAAUGCAUGGUCGUGUCCGACCAAUCCUCUUGCAAUACUGGAGUGGGAGGGAUGAAAACAUAAAAAUAUAUGGCCCUCUCCCAAAAGGAGUUGCAAAAAAGAUGUCAUAUGCUGAACACAUGAAAUCAAGUAAAUUCUGUAUCUGUCCCAUGGGUUAUGAAGUAAACAGCCCAAGGAUCGUGGAAGCUAUCUACUAUGAAUGUGUUCCGGUUGUAAUAGCAGACAAUUUUGUUCUGCCAUUUGAAGAAGUGCUCGACUGGCAUGCCUUUUCAGUUGUUAUAGCAGAGAAGGAUAUAGCUAAUUUGAAGGAUAUACUACUAAGAAUUCCACAGAGUGAAUAUGUCACUAUGCAGAUGAAUGUAAAGAAGUUGCAAAAGCAUUUCCUCUGGCAUGCAAAACCAGUCAAAUAUGAUAUCUUUCACAUGAUACUUCACUCAAUUUGGUUCAAUAGACUAAACCAAAUCCAGGCCGAUCAGUAAAUAUUAGAUUUUGCAACUUGUCCUUAUAGAGUUUAGCAGAUGAUCAUAACCAGAGUUCCAAAUUUUACAUCAAAAUUUCAUCAAAUUGUUGUGUAGCAUACAUCUCUAUGGCAUUGUCAGAUAUACUGAAUUGAUCUUUCACGACUUCUACUGCAUUGCUGAUUGAUGUUAAGAGCUCUUCUAAUGAUGGUCAGAGAAUAUCCUACACAGACGCAAAGUCAAGUUUGUGUUUGUUUUAUAGAGGUACCCACGGAAAGCUAAGCAAGGGCAGCAGGACAUGUUGCUGAUAUAGCCCGUGAGAGUUCUUGAGAUUCACUCCAGCAGAAGAGCUAAGUGGAAGUAUCAGCCUUGCUUAUGGUCUUGGGGAUAGUUAAAUUUCGCCUGUAAAAGCUGACUUCCGGUGUUAUUUCCUGAAUGAUAGAGAGAAACGAAAAGAGACAUUUCGUUCUUUCCGGUAA